CCAAUUCCAUCCUAUUUGUCUCUUUAGCUAUUGCUUUAUGUCCCUUAGUCGCCUCGUACAACAUCCACGUGGAUAUGGCGUGUUCCUGUUCUAGACUGGGAUUCACAAGCGUGAAAAUUAACUAAUAUAAUACAACAUUACCUAACCGAAUGACGUCCUCAUUAUAAGAAUGUCUUUUUUCCUUUUCGCCCAUAAGUGAAAUUGAAAAUUAAUAAGUACUUAUGUAAAUGAGAAUUUCACAUCAAGCACUCGUACGAACUUUAAUGUUGCAAUGAAUUUACUCAUAUUUUGCUUCAUCGUUUCUGCGAUUCGUCAAACAUCGUUAUGUUACGACUUAGAAAUUGAGGGUACGGUUCAAUUGGGAAAGGACUUUAUAAAAGAGUUAAUGAAAAAUGAAGAUAAACAAAUAAAUAAAAAUGACAAAAAUGAUGAAAAAAACGAUGACGAACCAUCGAUGAGAAAGCUUUUUAAUGCAAGUGUAAUACACCAAAAACCGAAAGAUAAGAAAUAUGAAAAGAAAAUGAACAAGUAUGGUGUUCAAAAUACAACUAAAUUGGUCACUAAGAAUGAAGAAGAAAAAGUUUACAAUAAUGGAGUUGUAAAAUCAUAUAAAUUGGUUUACAAGAAUAAUGAUAACUUUUUUACAAGAAAUGGUAAAAUGUCCGAUAAGGUGGAUCAUUUGCAACGAGCACAUGAUGAAAAUAUAAUGAAGAAGAAUGAUUUCAAAAAACUAAACGAUUCAAACACUAAGAACGAUGAAAAAAUUAUGACUAAGGAUAAAAAUAUUAAAAGAUCAGACAAAUUGAUCGACAAAAAUGAUAAAAAAAUUAUGAACAAAACUGAUAAUAAAAAAUCUGAUGAGUCGGUUCAUAAGAUUAAUGAAAAAAAUAUAAACAAGAAUGAUAACAAACAAUCCAAUAAAUUGGUAGAUAAAAAUGAAGGAAAUAAAAUUUCUUCACCAGCAAUGAGACGUGUAUUUAAUGCAAAUUUGCAACAGCAGACAUUAUUUACCACCGAUCCUCAAGCUGUAGAAGAAGAAGAAAUGUUUUUCCAUUCUGUGGCAGAGAUCGUGGCAAAGUCGGGAGUACAACAACUUAAAAAUGUUGCAAAAUAUCUGUCAUACAAAUGCGAUAUAAAAAAAGAUGCAAAUUUAACAAUCAGGUCGAUGAUUGCGGAUUAUGUCAACACUUUUAGAGAAAGAGCAAAAGAAUUAUGUAACAAUUAUGUUUUAUACUAUGAUCUAGACAAAGAAUACACACUACUUAACCUAAUUGAAAUUUCCAGUAUUCUAUUUUACCGCAAAGAAAAAGCUAUGCUCAAAGAGAUGUUGAAUGCUACCAAUAAAUCUGUAUUUGAUUUAAAUACAUUUGCGUUGUCAGAAAAAAUCCAUGCAAAUUUCAGAGAUCACAGAAGUAACGGCAUGCGAAUCAUAUGUGAGAAAUAUAAAAAGUGCAGAGAAUAUCCUGGCUUCUCGGAUCGUUUAGGAGAACUUAUUCAUGUAAUUCUCAAAUUACCUACUUCGAAAUUAUUAACAUUUUUUGAAAUCACAAAGAAACUUCUCUUGCGCGAAGUGAAAUUUGUUGGUAGAUUGCUCGAAUCAGAUAUUUUAGAUGGUAUUUUGAAACAAAUGAAAAGUUUUGAGGUCCCUAAAAUUCGUAGCACCCUGAAUUUAAUGAGAUCCGUUAUAAUUUCAAGAUACAAGUUACUAUUCAAUACCAAUGAAGAAAGGGUAAAUAAGAAUAAAGCUGCAAGAAUACUGUUGGAUAUUUUAGAUAAAACAUUUUACGUAGAUGGUCAAGAUUUACAGUCAAUGGAGUUUGGAACACUAAUAAAGUCAUUGGAGCAAUGGACUUUGGAUCAGAAGAAUAGAGAAGAGCUAGCGAAGUCAAUAAGCAGCUUCUUGCAACACAUACUAAAUACAUUCAAACAUCAAUGGGAAGAUGGUGUAGCCAAUGAAAUCAAUACAUUGAUGGAAAUUGUUUUGUUAGGAAAAGCAAAAGAUGAUUUCAGUGAAAAAUACCUAUUGAAUAAAGGGUCUUUGUUUGUUAGAAAUAAAUUACUUCACUCGGAUGUCGAGGUUGGUCUCUCUGACUAUGCUCGAUUUUGAGUCGUUUCAAAAAUGUCAAUUAAUCAAUCAAUAAAGGUGAAGUACACUCAAGUUUUUUCAUU